AUGGAAUCUUCCACUGCAUGUAGCAGCAUGUUAACUUCUGAAAAUGAUGAAGGCAGUUUGAAUUCUUCGUAUUCUAAGAAGAUGGCUGAUGCAGUUAUUAGUUCAACUUCAUAUUCCUUGGAUUCGAUUUCGAGAUUGAAGAGAAAGUCCAUUGAUUUAGUGAAGAAGAAGUCAAAUGAAUAUAUCAGUAUUGGCAGUGGCGGUUCUACCGUUACUAAUGAAACAUUCGCUAAUCUUGAUAAUGAUGGAUCCAAUGGUUCAAGUACGACUAUAUCUGCAAGUUUAAUGAAUAGAUUAAACAGAGUAAAAGAAAAGCAUUUAUGGAGAAGUAAUAUCAAAAAUAGUGCUGAUACCAAUAAAGGCACUGGUGCCAAAAAUGGCAAUGUCAAAGGUAUCAAAGUAGUGGAUGAUGAAAUGUUAUUGCUAUCAAGGUUAUCCCAAGACACAUUAAAUAAUGAUUCUACUUUUCCUCUGAAGACUAUUGCCAAAUUGGAUUCAGACGUGUACUCUCAGUUCUCUGAUUCAAACAUUACGUUAACCAAUAGUGUUAUUAAUACUGAUAUGGAUAAGAACAUAAACUCUCUGGAUAAUACUCCAAGGGAACCUGCAUCAAAAAAUUCUAUACACGAAUUACUUGAUGAAGAGCAUAUGUGGAUAUCUGAGGCAAUGGCUGAAAAUGACAAUGAUUUAACAUACGUUAUAAAGUCAUAUAAUCACAGCAUCGCUUAUGAUUUAGGUCAGGAUAAACAUUUACAUUAUUAUCAGCUGCCUUUCCCAUGGAGAGAAAAUCGUUACAUUAUCAAUGGUUACAGAUUUUAUCACAAGAAUUCAAAAUUGUUGUUGUCUGUAUUUAACUGGUACGGUUUUCACAAUGAAACUGCAAAUAUUUGGUCUCAUUUAUUGGGUGCUAUUUAUUUUGCAUAUAUUGUACUUUUUGAAUUCCCAAAAUCUUUUAUUGUCCAAAGUCCUGAAGUUCCUCCUUCAGCCAAAUAUAUUGUGUAUCUGUUCUUGUUGGCUGGUAUUAAAUGUAUGUUAGCUUCAGUAUUUUGGCAUACUUUCAACGGUACUUGUUCGAUUAAGUUACGUCCAAAAUACUGUUGCGUUGACUAUUCCGGUAUUACCAUUUUAAUUACAGCAUCGAUUUUAACAGCUGAGUUUGUUUCAUUGUAUGACCAUCGUUCUAUUAUGACGGUAUAUAUGUCAUUAUCUCUACUAUUUGGUUGUUUUGGUCUGUACUUGAAUUGGUCACCAAAGUUCGAUUCACCUGAGGCAAGACCUUUACGUAUUAAAUUCUUUAUUUUAUUGGCAGCAUUAGGUGGGUUGGCUUUUUUCCAUGUGGCUUAUUUAGAAGGUAUGGCAUAUGCUGCUUGGUUAUAUUCCCCAGUUACAUCCAAGUCUAUUGUAUGGUAUUUGAUUGGUGUCUUCUUCUAUGGUUCUUUUAUUCCAGAAAGAUUCAGAUCAGAUUUUGUUAUUGACAAGAGCAUUCCAAAUAGUAAACAGUUAGCAAGCGAUGUUACAAUUAUUACUAAGCACAAGCACGUACAUUUUAGAGAAGAACCAACCAAGACCAACCACUGUAAAGAUUGCACUUCAAAAAGCUUCAAAACUUUAUGGUGGGUCGACUACAUUUGUAACUCUCAUAACAUCUGGCAUGUAUUCGUGUUCUUAGGUGUUAUGGGUCAUUAUAAUGCAAUUUUAGACAUGUUUGCUAAGAAAUGGUUAACCAAUAUUUAA